AAUGUCCACCUAGUACGAUGGCAGAUCUAGAUCAUCACCUAUCGAAUGCGAAUACCAUCUUAUACACAUACUCAAAAGAAGUGAGAAAUACAGAGGUGAAAAACUCCAACUUGAGUGGGAAUGAGAAGUUAAGAACAAAGAGGGCGGGAGUAAUAAAGAGCUAAGAAAGGGAGAUCUGAAAGUGAUUUGAUCCCAAAACCUUAAGUACUAAGGGUUUCUUAACAAAUGGAGUACAGAAAAAUCAAAGACGACGAGGAUAGGGAUGCCGAUGUGAUUGAAGCUGAUGUGGAGCGCGGGAAAUCUUUAACUGGGGUUUCUUUAAUUAACAAGAAUACAUUGGGAAGUAGCUAUGGUGAUCGGUCCAAGUGGAAAAUCAAGUCAAUUGUCACACUUGCGUUAACUCUCCUCACGAGUUCACAGGCUAUUCUGAUUGUGUGGUCCAAAAGGGCUGGGAAAUAUGAUUACAGUGUGACCACCGCAAAUUUCUCGGUGGAGGCAUUGAAAUGUGCUCUAUCACUCGCAGCUCUGGCAAGAACGUGGAGAAGUGAAGGUAUCACAGAGGAUAACAAGUUGAGUACAACAUUUAAUGAAGUUAUUUACUACCACAUUCCUGCCGCACUUUAUCUUGUUAAGAAUUUACUUCAGUAUUACAUCUUUGCCUAUGUCGAUGCUCCGGGUUACCAAAUACUGAAGAAUUUCAAUAUCAUUAGCACCGGGGUGUUGUAUCGUAUCAUCUUAAAGAAAAAACAAUCAAAACGAGUCUAUUAUCCUUUCUCCCAGGAGUUCCUGCGAUUAAUGAUAUGCUUCGGGCAUUUUGCACAAAUUGUUUCUUUCAGGUUGAGUGAGAUUCAGUGGGCAGCUUUUAUUCUGUUAUGUGCUGGUUGUACUACUGCACAACUUGAUCCUUCUUCGGAUCAUGUUCUUCAAACUGCUUUCCAAGGAUGGAUAAUGGCCAUUAUCAUGGCACUUCUAAGUGGUUUUGCAGGGGUGUACACAGAGGCAAUAAUGAAGAAGCGUCUAUCGAGAAAUAUCAACAUGCAGAACUUUUGGCUGUAUGUCUUUGGCAUGCUCUUCAAUGCCAUAGCAAUUUUUGUUCAGGAUUUCGAUGCGGUCAUGAACAAGGGAUUCUUUCAUGGCUACACACUAAUUACUACAUUAAUGAUUCUCAACCAUGCACUAAGUGGUAUCGCUGUAUCAAUGGUUAUGAAGUAUGCUGAUAAUAUUGUUAAGGUCUAUUCUACUUCGGUGGCAAUGCUUCUCACUGCGAUUGUGUCGGUGUUUCUCUUUAACUUCCAUCUCUCCCUUGCAUUCUUCCUUGGUUCGACGGUUGUAUCUGUAUCGGUGUAUCUGCACUCCAUAAGUAAGAUCCAGAAAUAGUUUCGUUUGUUGCCAAUUUUAGGGUCUUUUAAUGUAAAAUCUGUGGAAAUUCUUUUUCUUUUGUAAUUCUCUGCUUGUAAGUGAUUCAGUUACAUUAUAUUCCAUUACAUUAUUAUUUUUUGAGGUUAGUUAGCUCAAAGCA